AUGGGCUCACUCGGCAGUCACAACGCGACAAACUACAUGCUGUCUAACCCGUUUAGAACCCGCAUCCUAGCGGGCGAAAUCUGCCCAGUCAUGACGGUUAAAAUGGCAAUUUCCAACGAGAUAGCAAUGAUGUGCAAAAUGGCUGGGAUCUAUGGCAUGUUUAUCGAAAUGGAGCACUCCACGCUCGACGCCCGAGAUGUGGGCCAAUUAGUCCUCGCUUGCAACUACGUUGGCGUCUCCCCUAUUGUGCGAGUUCCCUCCAAAUCCCACUGGCACAUCAGCAGGGCAUUUGAUUGCGGAGCGGCGGCGGUUGUCGUCCCUCACGUCGAGACUGUUGCGGAGGUGCGCGAUCUCGUCAAGUAUGCCAAAUUCGCCCCCAUUGGCGCCCGCGGGUGCUCCAAUGCGCAGCCUAUUCUCAAUUUCCAGAACGUACCGACACUGGCACAGAACGAGUUGCUCAAUAGGGAAACGAUGCUGAUACCUAUGAUCGAAACUCCGGACGCCGUAGAGCUAGUUGAAGAGUUCCUAGCCAUUGAGGGCGUCGAUGGUAUCCUUAUCGGUUCCAACGACCUUACCACGGAUAUGGGCAUCCCGGGACAAUACGACAACCCAACGUAUCAGGACGCCGUGACUAAGAUUGUGCUGGCCGGUAAGAAGGCCGGCAAGCCUAUCGGCAUUGGUGGUAUCGGCCCAAGAAAGGACCUACUGGAGAAAUGGUUUGCUAUGGGCGCGAGCUGGUCGCUUAGUGGUCAAGACAUGGGCGUGCUGCAGGCGGGUAUGAAAAAGAUUGGCGAGGACUACCGAGCAAUUGGAGAGCGCGUAGCCAAAGUUAGGGCGACGUAG